GAGGCUCGUUUUCAACUUUUGUGGGAUUUGUCUUUUAUUUUGGACAGUUUUUAUAAAACAAAAAUGUUAUACACAACAUUUAAAAUUGAGUGACUUUCUGGGUAUUCACGCUUUUGUUAUGUGUCAUCAUUUCUCCUGUAAUUUUGCUUUUUGAACUCAAUGGGCCGCUGUUGCCUUCUUUGUUGCAGUUGUGGUAUAUUUUCUGGUGAGCCGCCUCUCCUUUUCGGUGUAUUAGAGAGAAACUGCAGGACCGACCGCAUUGUCUUCGUUUGUCAGGCGGGUAUGCACAAAGGCGACGCAAAUUGUAACAAUUUUCCUUUCGUUCUGAGGAUUGUUUUUCUUCGUAUUAAUUGUGAUUGUCGGUCUGCCAUCCAAAGGGAUUUUUAGGAAUCUUUCUUUUAAUCUUAACGACCCACAUACACAAAAUGAGACGGCAAGUACAGCUGUUUAUUUUACUUUUGGUUGUUUGUGAUGCUUUCGGGCAGGUCAGUUACUCUGUUCCGGAGGAAAUGGCGAAAGGUACCUUAGUUGGAAAUAUAGCUCAGGAUUUAGGCUUAGAUGUUAAAAGGCUAAAGCUGGGCAACGCUCGUGUUUAUUCCGGUGAUAGCAGAGAAUACGUCGAGUUAAACGCCGAGAGAGGAGUCCUUCUAAUCAGAGAGCGAAUAGACAGAGAGGCGUUAUGCGGUGACACGACGCCGUGCGCUGUGCAUUUUCAGAUUGUGUUAGAAAAUCCUAUGGAGUUUUACAGUGUUACAGUUGAAAUAACAGACAUUAAUGAUAAUCCGCCAACGUUUGAAAAAAAUGAAAUUAAAUUCAUCAUUAGUGAGUCUGCUGUUGUUGGGGCUAUAUUUGAUUUAGAAAGAGCUGUAGAUUUGGAUGUGGGUACAAACACUCUCCAAAGUUAUGUCCUCAAACCAAGCGAUAAUUUUAUGCUUAAAUUGCACAACCAAGCUGACGGUACAAAAAAUGUUGAAAUGGUCUUACAAAAGCCCUUGGACAGAGAGAAAAAUGAUUUCAUUGCGUUAGUGUUGACCGCUGUAGAUGGAGGAGAGCCACAGAUGUCAGGAACAAUGCAGAUUUUUAUUUCAGUGUUAGAUGCCAAUGACAACGCACCCGUUUUUACGCAGCAGGUAUACAAAGGCACUGUAUCCGAAAAUGCUACAAAAGGCACAACUGUGACUUCUGUUCGUGCUUCAGAUGCUGAUCAUGGAUUGAAUGGUAAAAUAACAUAUUCAAUCACAAAUACUUUGGAUGACGUCAGACAUAUGUUUGAAAUAAACGAUGAAAACGGUGAAGUUAAAUUGAUUGGGCGGUUGGAUUAUGAAAAGAAAAGACAUUUCCAAAUCAAUGUACGGGCAAGGGAUAACGGAGGACUCACUGAUUCUUGCAAAGUUAUUGUCGAUGUCGUUGAUAUAAAUGACAAUGAACCAACGAUUAAAAUUAUGUCUAAAUCAACAAUUAUAUCAGAGAGUGCAAAGCCCAACACAGUUGUUACAAUGAUUAACAUUCAAGACCCAGACUCAGAUGAAUAUGGUAAAGUUCAAUGUUUUAUAAGUGAUAAUAUUCCUUUCGUGUUGAAAUCCACAUCUAAUAAUUUCUAUACCUUAGUAACAGACAGUGAUUUAGACAGAGAGAGAGCCUCUGAGUAUAACAUCACUGUGACCUGCUCUGAUGAGGGAGUGCCCUCCCUCUCCAGCAGCGUCACUCUCACCUUACAGAUCUCAGACAUUAAUGAUAACGCACCUGUCUUUGAGAGGAGCUCAUAUGAGGCCUACAUUGUAGAAAACAAUACACCAAGUCUCUCUAUAUUCACAGUGAAAGCCACAGACGCUGACUGGAACCAGAAUGCCCGUGUUUCUUACAUACUGGAGGACUCCUCCGUUAACGGAGUGCCAGUCUCCUCGUAUGUGUCCGUUAGUGCAGAUAGUGGAGUCAUCCAUGCAGUGCGCUCUUUUGACUACGAGCAGAUCAAAGAUUUCCACUUCCGCGUAAGAGCGCAGGAUGGAGGCUCUCCUCCACUCAGCAGCAACGUGACUGUGAAAAUAAUGAUCCAAGACCAGAACGACAACCCCCCUCAGGUUCUGUACCCAGUUCAGACUGGUGGCUCUCUGGUGGCUGAAAUGGUGCCUCGUUCAGCAGAUGUGGGCUAUCUGGUGACUAAAGUGGUGGCUGUUGAUGUGGACUCUGGACAGAAUGCCUGGCUCUCCUAUAAACUGCAGAAAGCCACAGACAGGGCGCUGUUUGAAGUGGGCUUACAGAAUGGAGAAAUCAGAACUAUCCGCCAAGUCACUGAUAAAGAUGCUGUCAAACAAAGACUGACUGUUAUAGUGGAGGACAACGGGCAGCCCUCUCGUUCAGCUACAGUCGUUGUUAACGUGGCGGUGGCGGACAGCUUCCCUGAAGUGCUGUCGGAGUUCACUGAGUUGACCCACGACAAGGAGUACAAUGACAACUUGACUUUUUACUUAGUCUUGGCUCUGGCUGUAGUUUCCUUCCUCUUCAUCACGUGUUUAGUGGUUAUUAUAUCAGUCAAAAUCUACAGGUGGAGACAGUCUCGCAUCCUGUAUCACUCCAACCUGCCUGUCAUUCCAUAUUAUCCACCACGUUACUCAGACACUUUGGGGACAGGGACUCUGCCCCAUGUGUACAACUACGAGGUGUGCAGGACGACUGACUCCAGAAAGAGUGACUGUAAGUUCGGCAGAGCUGGUAGUCAGAACGUGCUGAUAAUGGACCCCAGUUCUACAGGAACGAUGCAGCGGAUACAGAGUGAAAAGAGCAUCCUGGAUGAACCAGACUCUCCUCUGGAGGUUAGAAUUUUCCAACCAUUCAAAAUUAAUGUUAAGAAGUUAAUACUUGACAUCUUAUUUUCAGCACCUUGGACAGCGACAUGAUCUUUUUUUCAUAAAAUAAUUUACAUUUCAAAUUAUUUAAAUGAUUAUUUCAUGCAAUCAAUACAGCUCGGGGAAUUCCCUUCACACAAUCAUGUAUUUCAGAUAUCUGAAUUACUUUGAGUAAUAUUUUUGAAACGUAAACUCUUUGAAUGCUUCCCAUAUACUAAACGAUUAGUUUUCAUGUUUAGUAUAUACAUAUGAUAUUUCAUGUUGAACAUUUAAAAUGCAAUGAUAGUUCAUGAACUCAAAGUGCCGCUGUUGCCCAGUCUGUGUCAGAUUUAACGCGGACAUUUGUACCUCCCAUCAUGGCUUUAUUUUAGAGAGAGAAAGAGGGAGAAGCAGCCCUCGUCGUCUACAGUUUACUGGACACAGGACGUCGUAUCUCUUCUAUAUUUUGGGAAUAUGAUUUAAAAUCAGCUUUAACCUCUUCAUUUGGGAUAAAAAAAAAUUCAUCGCAUCCAUACAUGCUUGUCAUCGGGAUAUCGUCAGAGAGAACAAUGGGAGGGCAAGUACUGUUGUUUUUCUCGGUCCUCUCUCUCAGCUCGGUACUCGGACAGGUCAGCUACUCUAUUCCUGAAGAAAUGUCGAAAGGCUCUCUAGUUGGAAACAUGG